AGACGAAGAGAUGGAUGGAUCUCAUUGAUCCUUUCUUCUUGCCGGCCACGAGUUCCCGAUCACUAAUCGUCUUGAAUCCGUCGUGUCGUCAACUUGUUCCGCCUAAAAAAUCGUUAGAACUUUUUUUUUGUGAUUCCGAACAUUUUUUAUAUUUAUUCUUCCGCAAUCCAUAUUCCGUAUCUUACAAUAUCAUUAUUAAUACGUAUAUCGCGUAGUGUCGUUGUUUUUAUUUUUUCAAAUAAAAGUUUAUCUGACAUAAACACACGUGCCCGUGGGUGAUACCAAAUAUCCAAUUCAGAGGUAAGAACUACAAUUUUUUUUUUAAAUAAUACUAUUUUAUAUGCCUAUGCUGCAUCCAUUAUACAUAUACAUAUUUAUAGAAAUUGUAUGCCUUUUCUUUAUCAUUUACUCAACACAAAAUUUUCACAAAUCAUCACGUUAUUCUUAAAGCCCUGCAAAAUGAUGGACGUUUAUACGUAUAGGUAUUUGACGUUGGUAAUAAAUAAACAAAAUUACUCGUUUAUUAGAACAUUUAUUGUGUGAUUUUGAAAAAGACGAGUAAAUCAAUAUUUUAAAUGCGAUCUGCUACCAUCUAUUGAUUUUAUACCUUCCACUUCUCAUUAUUAACCGUCGGCAUUUUCUGGUUUACUCUACUCGCCCUCGUAUUUAUUACGUCAAACGAACGUAUCGAUAAUUCAUAUAAUGUAAACCAUAUUUAUAGCCGUUUUAUAAUUUACUAAUAUACUCUAAAUGAUUUCGUGAAAACGAUCCAAGUAUAUAGAUAUUUUAAAUCUCGUUUCAUACCUACGCUCGUGUAUAGUUACACUGUUCCGACAACGUUUAUAACACCUAAUAAAAUAUUUAACACGAGACAGCUGUCAUUUUACAAUAUAUACAAUAUCGUAUUUUACUAAAAAAAUCACAGCUAAUAGUUUUGACACGACCUGUUCGGUUUGAAUCGAACAAAUUGCCGCGGGCAAACUGCCACCAUGAAUGAACUUCUCGUGCGUAUACGAUCGGCACAACGAUUAUAAUAAACAAGCAGGUACUUACUUAUAAAUUAUAUUAUAUUAUAUUCUUCAAAUCUCUAUAGAAACCCGUUUGCGCUCGUCGGGUUAUAUACGAAUCGAUUCGUUUUUUUUUUUUUUUACAUCAGAUUAACAAUUGAGUCAGUUGAAUUGUUAAUACAGCGAUUGGAAUUGUUAGAAAUCAACCAUUUCGUUAAUUUGAUAUACCUAUUUUUUCACCGUAAAACCCUUUACAAGUACCAUAUUAUAUCUGUUCAGUGAUUACAAUAUAAAUAUGCUUAUUGCUCACUUAAUAUUGUAUGCAAUUUUUUAUAUUACCAACCGGUAGUCUGGUAAUAAAACUACCAGUGAAACCAAAUCGAUAACCUUUUUUUGUUUUUACGUCAAAUGUGGUCCUCGAUGGAAAGCUACAUAUAUACAGCUCUGAAAAUAUUAUAAAGAUAUAUAACGAUUUCGAGGUGAAUAUAAUUCAAUUCUAUAUAUUUUAAUUAAUUCAUAUUUGAUAAGUACAGAGUUAAAAAAAAAAACCGAUUAUGAUAUAUAUAUAAUAAUAGAUAGAUUUUUUUAUUUUAUAUGAUCAUAUUCGAUUUAGUAUAGUUCCUACAAAAGCAGUUUUCAGUAGUUAUAUCCAAGUGUAUACAAAUAUCCUAAGUAUGUAACAAAAAGUAUGAGAGAGUAAUUACUCGAAAUAAAAAUUAAUAAUGUUAUUAUACAUCGAUAAUGAUUGUGUUGGCAAAAUAGCUGAUUUAUACGUAGUUCAGAGGAAAAUAAACAACGAGUUUUGUGAAAUAAAUAUAGAAAAACUGAAUUUAUGAAUAAAAAAAUAAUAAUAUUGUCUUCAAGUGGUAUAACAAUAUGCAGAUAGAUUCAUAUAAUAUAGGGUAAACACUAUAUAAAGCCGGAUUACGGGGGAAGGGAGGUUUAAGAUGAAUUUCACUUCUGAUUCCUCCGAAGAAAAAGGCCGGGCUAAAAAAAGAAAAAAAUACCGUAAUAUUUCAUAACUACCUAUUGCUAUUCAAAAAAAGUUAUUUCUGCCAAUUUUUUCUACGACCGUGAUCGAGAUUUUUGUAAAUCUAUUUAAUUUUUGUAAAAUUAGGGCCCCCCGCGAAACGACGAACUGGCUCUAGGCCACUUAAUAGUCCAUUAAUCCGAUUUUGGGUACAAAACGGGUACUGCCCCCGUAGGCGUAAAAACGACGUGUACCGCGAGCGACAAUGGAUCCAAAAGUCAAUAGAAAUUUUCAAAAGUCGUUCGAUAUAGGAGUAUUAGGAGGCUAUAUGUAACGAAAUAUUAUAGGUAAUAAUCACUGUCGUGUUCAUCGACUCGAACCGCUGGUAAUGGCAAUCGAAUCGGAACUAAUAAGCGGUGCAAUUAAUUAUAUAAGUACCUACCUAUAUAUGGUACAGUGGUGUUUAUUCGGUUAUUCGAACCGCGAGUCGAUACGCAUCGGGUGUUGGUAUAUACGAUGUUUUAUUAAUAAAAAAUAACGCACUAAGACCUAUUUACCUAUUUUUUUUUUGUACAUAUACUAUCACUCGAAAAAGUGAAAACGAAAACCGCAAACGACGGGCACAUAUAUCGGGGGAGGAGGAGCUUUAUUUUAAAUAGGUUUUACUGAAAAUAUAUAACUAGCGGAUCGUAAGCCAGGCGGAUGCUGCGGCGGCAAAAUGCACCGCGGGAAAAAUAGAAAGCUGCGUGCGUCGUAUUGUAGCGACCGUGUGCGACGUGAAACUCGGUAAACAAUACGCGCGCAACGACAAAAAAUACCGAUUCUCGGACCUAUAAUCAGACGGUAUACGUCCUAAGUACCUACCGAUAUAAUGUAUACGUAUAUAUUAUUACGUAUGCGCGGUCACGUAAAUGAGUGAUAUUUGUACGAAGAGCCGGGGAUACGAACGGGGGGAAAAAAUAAACAAAAAAAAAAAAUACAUGGGAGAUGGACAUAGGACAAUACGCGAACGACCGACCUAACCGGCGGUCUCGUUUCGUAUUAUUAUUAUUAUUAUUAUUAUAAUAUACGAUUAUAAUAAGUAUUAUUAUUAUUUUUAUAAUCGCCGACAACACGUCGUACGGGCGUUAGCGAAUGGAAAGUGCCGUGGCGACAAAUCUUUCGGGGGGGGGNGGGGGGGGGGGGGGGGGGGGGUUGUCAAAAAAUCUGUUCAAAACCCGUAAUAACAACGUACGUACUCAAAUAAUAAUAAACGAACCGCGAACGUAUUAUCGUUAUAAAUUAUAAUACUACUAUAGGUAGAGGUACUUGUGUUGGUAUUAUUAUUAUUAUUUUUUUAUUGUACGAUGGAAGCGCGCGUUAUUCGCGACACAUGAAUGGCCGGCCGAUUGGACGCCGUUCGAUAAUACAACGAGCGCAUAAAUCGAGUGCCUAUUGUCGAGCUCGUAUUUUUUAUCAUUAUUAUUAUUAUUAUUUGUUUUCGUUUCGUAACUCGGAGAGCACGGACCGCCGCAAUACAUAAACACUCAUCGUUCACGAGAAAACCAUUAAACGGGGACCGGACAAACGCAAUACAGUGGAUUCCGCAUAAUGUGAGCACGUUGGGACCAACCCUGUAAGCGGUUGCUCAUAAAAACCGAAAUCAAUUAAAAAAUACAGAAAUGUGUAAUAUAAAAAAUGUUUUUAUUUUACACACGUGAACCAUACAAAUUGAAAAAAAAUGUUAAAUUACUGUAUAAAUAAAACUGAAUAUAACAUAUUAAAUAAAAUUACUAUUUGGACGUGGAAAGUCUACAAAACGUUGUAAUUGCUUGUUGUCUAAACUGUUUAGUGUGGAUCUGGUUAACGAAAAAUGGGCAUGCCCUUCAAGCUUAUCAGAUGGACUAUUUUCGUUACCCUCUUGCAUGAACUCACACGCAAGUCUAUAUAUUUAGUAAAUAAAAUCCCAUUAAGGUUUAAAUGUUAAUGCUUUUUAUUAUAAUAAUUUUCGAUGAACACAAUCUCAUAGAUAUGACGAAACCCGAUUAUAUUAGUCGUUUUUAAAUACAUAUGUGUAUAUUCUAGCGCUAUGAUAAAAUAAAAGUUGCCCACAUAAACCGAAGCGAGUGCCCAUAUUAUACGGUUUUUUUUAACCUUGUUAAUAUACAUUUGUAUUAGGACCAGAUAAUUUUACCCAUACUACGUGGAUGCCCAUAUUAACCGGUGCCUACAUUAGGCGGAAUCCAUUGUAAUAAUAUUUUAUUUAUUAUUGUAUACGUUUUUGGCAUGGGCUUUUUUUUUUUUUACUUCUUUUUCACGUAAUGCGGGUUGUCUUCGACGACCACUGUUCGGUAUUUUACGUGCACUUUGGACAACACGUUCGGAAUCGGGUCAUAAAAUAACGUAUAAUAUACGGCUAUAAUACGAGCCACCUUAAAGUGCGUAUAAUAUUUACGAUAGGUUGACGAAAAAACCAUAAGUAUCAAAAAAUAGCGCAUGAUGCGACUUUUGAUCGCGGUUUAACGGUUUUCAUUCGAUUUUUUUUAUUUUUUGUGGGUCAGCGAGGUGCGAUAAAUCUAUCGGAAACGCGGCCCGGAAGACCCUCGAGGGGAACUGUAUAAACCGCGGCGUCCGGUGGCCGAAUAUAUAAUAAUAAUAUUCGUCCGCACCGACUUUUACACCUUGUUAUUAUCGCGGCGGUGGCGAAGAAAAGAGAAUCACCGAUACCGCGGACGCCGCGCCGAGUUAUAAUGGUUUUUCUAUUAUUACUUUUUUUUUGUAGAAACAAAACGUGAUCCAAAGCUAUUGAAAAAAUCACGUUCACUGAUCAGUUGCCGCCGCCGUCGCCGGGAGCAAGCGAUCUGGCUGCGGCACGGCGGCGGCCGCGGUGGCCCGGGCUCGAACGGCCGUUGCCGCCGGCGUUUUCUCUCGGGUACCUGACCUAAACGCGUAUAAUAUAUUACCAUAAAAAUGUUCGACACACAUAAUAAUAUUAUGGUACACGAUAGUAAACGCGGUAACCUAGUAGGGAGACUUUUAUACAUUUUUUUUUUUUUUUUUUAAGAAGAACACUGACCCACUCACGGCCGCGGCCGUGUAUUCUGGGUCGAAACCGGAUUUCGGAAGUCGAGCGCGUUCGUUCUUAAUUAUUAUUAUCGCCGUCGAAUUAUGAAACACUACAACUACUACUACUAAUACUACUACUUCUACAUUCCUAUCGUUCUAAAUAAUUCGUACAUGCAUAUUAAUUAUUAUAUUAUAUAUGAAUCAAGAUCAGGGUUAAGGGGCGGGGGCUAAUGUAUAAGAGAAGGUUUCGAAGAAAAAAUACGGGCCCCCUUGAAAGGUUUUUUUUUAAAAAAAAAAUACCAUAUGAAAUUGUCGAUCGAAUCGAGUCGAAAUGAACGCCUUCGGUUAAAUCGUUAACGCGAAAAAUAAAAUAUUCAACUCGUCGUGUCGAAAGUCCUAAACGGAACCUAUAUUAAAAGUAUUAUUGUUCAAAUUUUAUGUAUACAUUAUAAUAUAAUAAUAUCUCUGUACAAACGAAAUUAAAAUGAGAAAUCCGUCACUGCUAUAGUACACCGAUGUAAAUUCGAAUGCAUUUAAAAAAAAUCGACUUUCAACCCAAAUACAAUCAAAACUAAAAUUUAAAAAUGUUAUCUUUUUGACAAUACGCGGUUAAUGCAUAUUGCACAUUGCAUAUUUCUUAUAAUAAUACGAAGUUCAACUGUUUCGAGUUUAAUUAAUUAGCUUCAUACACGUCUCCACAACAGAUCAUUCUGAACGUACUACUGUUCCAAUAUAAUAUAUUUGAAUACGCAUAGGAAAAUAUUUUGUUUUUGUUUUUAUAAAACCAUGGAUCACAGUAAAAGAAAGUUGGCUCUGGGGAUUUAUUUUUGAAUUAACUUGAUUGUCGUAAUCAUUUAACAGCACACCGAACUAAAAAGAUAUCUAGUACAGUCGAAAACGGACGAUUUAAGAUCGCACAUCACUAUUCACGAAUAGACCUUCUUCGGGACGUUUUAUAAAUCGUCGAUCCCAGGGGACGAGGAGCUUAAGUCGAUAGUGUACAGUUUUCUAUACGAGUGGAUUACAUUUUUAAAAAAACAUAAGUACACUUUGUAUACACCUACUACAAACACUAAUUUUUAAAUGUAUGUUAUUUCGACCGAAAAAUAAAUAGCGACAAAAUACCGUAAUGACAUGAAAUUAUAAAAAAAAAAAAUCGACUCUAGCCCUCUUUCCGUCGUGACCAAAGAAGUUCGCGAAUCACCAAGUCCAUGAAUAUCGUAUGUUAUAAUAUCGAUGGUGACACGGCAAAAGGGUCUAAGCGACAUAAUUCAUAGUUUUCAGGAAAGUCAAAAAACAUUUAUUUGUGAUUUUAACAUAUUUUCUUUAGAUUGACAUUAACUUUUUUUGGAUUAGAAUAGAGGAAAAAUGUAUCGUUUGUAUGCUAAACUUAAAAUUCAAAUUUUUCGUUAAAUAAUGCAGGUCACAGAUGUUUUUGAGCACGCACAAUAGACGAAACACGUAUUUCUCCAUCCGUAAAAAGUGAAGUCGAGUCGCGUAGACCCAAAGUGUCGCUUAGUAUAGACCCCCUUUGCCGUAUCACCGUCGAUAUUACACUGCUAAUGUUUUCGGUAUCCGCGAAAGUCCGUUUAACUUCUUGUCGUGCGCGAUUCGGCAGCAAUUUUUUUUUUCUUUCCUUCUUGCCGUCUGAGAGAGACCCGCGGAUCGCGACGCGAUAUUAUUAUUAUUGUACUCAUCGCAUAUCACCGCGUUGGCCGGCAUUGUUGUUAACGAACAAGUAUCAUAUAUUAUAUAGAUAUACGAGCCACUGCGGUAUAAAUAGGUAGUCGAAGUAUAUUGUGACGGUCAGUAAAAAACAGACGUUUUACACACAUAUAUUAUUAGUAUUAUUAUCGUGUCCUCGGAGCCACGAGUGUGUCACUAGAGUGUUUCUCCGGGUUUCCCGGCGAACAGGAUGUACCGUCGCCGCCGCCGCAGCCGUGGAACGCGCGGAGACGAGCGCGCGCGCGAUAACCGGAAUCAUCUGUCUGACUAUAAUGCGCGUAUUAUAUAUUUUUAUAUCUAUCUACGGAAGCGAAGAGACGGACUCGAACCGCGUGCGCUAAAAAAUAGACGGCCGGGGAAUUGGAAGGAAAUCGGAUUUUUUUUUUUCCCGGAGCAGUCAAACCGCUUGUAUAGAGUAACAGACGGCACAGACAGUACGCGAUCCAUAUCACACACACACACAUACACACACACAUUUACACUCGCAAAUAUUCGAUAAAACCCCGCUUUUUCAAAGAUAAUUUUUUUUUUCUAUAGAUUUUCACAUUUUUUUUUUUUCUAACUUUCCCUACGGCAAUAUUUGUUUUAUUAUUAUUAUUAUUUUAUUAUUUUAUUUUGUUCACGGGGUGUCGGAAUAAUAAAUAUUACGAUCGCGGCCGUAGUGUUGCCGACGUCGAAUUAGUUCUUACGCCCGUCGUAAAAUAUUUCUGUUUUAUUAAAAUGCGUUUGUAUUAUGUUUUCACAGAUAAUUCCUGUGAAUCCACCACCAACGUCAACAUGAUCCUAAGACUGUCACUUGCACUUUGCUUGCUGCUGUCAUAUGGCGUAAGUAUAUUAUUAUAUUAUGUACGUUUAAUACCGACGUGGUUUGUAUUUACGGUCCCUAUGAAUCACGAAUAGUUGAUUUUGUUUUUUUCGUAAAUAAUUUCACUGUUAUUAUAAUGUCUACAUCUUAUAAAUUGUGUAUAGGUAUAUUAUAUUAGUAAUACGGGAUGGACAAAAAGAGCCAAAUUGUUGUUGACGGAUGUGCCACUAUUUUAUAACCUAAAGAGUAUAGAUGAGAAGUUGCGAAAAUCUAAGAUAUAUAUGAAUAGUAAUUUAAUUUAUACCUGUGUAUGCGACAAUGAAUAAUUAGCAAUGAAAAAAGAUUCUGAGUGUCGAUCGUUAAACAUGUAUUGAAAAAAAAAAUUAUGAGUGCAGAUUUCUGACACUCUUAUAAUAUAAUUUAUGACGAAACUCAUUUUCGAGCAUCCUUGUUAAAAUAACUUAACAAUAUCGCUCAGAAUCGCUUUUCGUCAGCAAUGAUUUAUCAUUGUGUACAAACAUAAAUUAAAUUGCAUUAUAUAUUCGGCUCUAAGGAAGAAGGACUUGAGUCAAUUUCGUAUAGUUCUUGACAUAAACAAAUUACAUUUUAAAAAAAUACUAAAUUACACGAUUUGCAAAACAGCAAAAUGGCUGAAACAAAUGCGAAAGUAUGUGUUUAAUCGUAAAAUUAUAUGACUCGUGCCUUUUUUCGCCAAAACAAAUUUUAUCGUAAUAUAUUGUGACUUCAGAUUAUUUAAUAUUCAACAUGAUCUGACGUUUUAAUUAUUAAAAAUCGUAAAUAAAUUGAAUAAAUACAUGAUUUACAAUAAUAUCUACCUUCUUUAAGUAAUGAUUGUAGUGGUGGUAGAGAGUUGAAAUUAUUAAAACUGAUAAUAUAAAUUUGAUUAAAAAUAUUAAUUCAGGGCAAAUUCUCAUGAAAUACAUAUUAAAUGUACCUACAAUGUUUAAAUCAAGCAAUUAUACAUAAACAUUCGUAUUAUAGGACAAGUAUAUACAAAUAAAACUAUCUAUAUUAAAGAUGUUAACAAUUAAAUAUUUUAUUAUUUAUAUUAAAGUUUUUAAGAUGCCUGUAGUUAUUAAACACAUAUUAUAACAUCAUACAUACGUAUAUACUGGAUAGUUUGGAUCGAAAAAUAAAGAGAAGAAAAUACAUAAAAAAUGUAUCAAAAAUAAUGCCAAAAAUUGACUUGAAAAUUGACUCGUUGGACCAAAGAUAUUAUAGCCUGCCUCAUCAAUUGUUUUUUGUUUUUUUUUUUUUAUUAUUUGUUCGUUGCCCGUCACAACAAACGUAUUAAUCGCCCUCCAGAAAAACGGCUAAAAGCAAAAAUUACGUCGCUGUCAUUAAUACCAUUGGUCUAUUUAAUUGAUACGGUACACGCAGCGGCGGCAACGUAUUAUGGACAAUACCGUAUUGCGUAUACUCGCUUUGCGGAAUAUAGAACGAUAUACCACAAGCCCCACUCGUUAUGGUUAAGUAACCUUUAUAUACCGUUAAGGCAUACACAAUAUCGCGUGUCACCGUCGCAAAACGACAAGAACAAUAUAAACAUAAUAUUUUGCAGUCCGUUUAUGAUUUUGCAGCAUUUGACACCGCGGCCCCGAAAUAUCGUUUCGAAAACGACACGAUGACUAUACCCGUCGCAAUAUAUCCAAUUACGGUGUAUUAGGUAUAAGUUUCUUAUCACUUUUCUAUAUUCGUCACAAUACAAUAAUAAUUAUCAAUAUAUAGUAUACCAUAAAUACGUACUUUUAGAUUCCAAGCGAAAACCGUAGUAAAAACUAUGUAUGAUGUGUGUGUGUUUUUUUUUUUUGGGUGCCUAAACAACUUUUCUACCGGAAAUCUUGCUAAAUCAAAAGCUUUAUAAACAUUUUUUUAUUGCAUUUUUUGAUGUAGUUAUAAUAGUGUAUUGGGAGAUGGAUUCUCUUUGUAGUUUUCUUAAUAAUUGGAGCAAAACUAGAAAACGUUUAUUGGUUUCGGGGUUACCUUGGCAACAAUGGAAGAAAUACGACUGUUAAUACUCUGCUCAGAAUCGUUUUUCGUUAGAAAUGGCGUACAGAUAUAAACUAAAUUACUCUAUACAAUAAUUUCAUAGAAUAUAUGUAUAUAAUAUACAUAUUAUAUCCUCUCUUCUAACUUCCCUUAUAAAACAAUUGCACAUCACGCACCCGUCAGCAGUAUCAGUUAUUAUGUUAUUAAUAUUAACAUACCUAUACACAGCAACCACAUGGGGUGAAACUACCCGAAACAUUUUGGUACUCUCCCUCGGACAAAAAAAAAAAAAGGAGAUUUCAUUUCGCGUUUUGCGAACUCACGCGUCUUAAAUAAUACAUGUUUGACAUUAUCUAGUGGUUGUUUUCCCACAGAUAACGGAAGAAGUAGACGUUGUCGAAGCGGUAUCAGGUACGUCCCAGUCUAUAGAUGAUCUGCUGCAGUCCGAUCAACAGAUUCACGGACCGUCGUCGGCGCAAAAGCGCGAAGACGCAGAGGCACACAAUCCCGAUCAGCUGGCAAUGGAGACCGGCGAUGACAUGGACGACCAGAACGCGUCGGGUUCCAUAGCCAAGCACAACUACUUAAAACCGCAAUCAGCGGCGAUUCGUGGCCACUCACCGCUUAACCGUGGCCCACCACCUCCGCAGUCACUACCACCGCCGCCGCAAUCGCUGCAGCAACAGCAGCAGCAGCAGCAGCAGCAGCAACCGUCCGGUAAAUACCAUCACAACGUGGGUUACCAUGGGCCGCCGCCACCACCACCGCCACAGCAACAGCAGCAACAACUGCAGGUGAGCCAACAGUCAGAAGCCAUGGACAAGUCGUACUCGGCUGGUGGACCAGUGGGAAAUGCACUCGGAGACCCGUGGCCAAGCAGCGCCUCCGCCGACAUGCCCAAGAUCGUGUCACUAGACGUCAAGUGCGAGAAAAACUCGAUGAAGGUAUUCCUGAGCUUCGACAAGCCGUUCUACGGGAUCGUUUUUAGCAAGGGCCACUACAGCAACGGAAACUGCGUGCACUUACCCGCAGGCCUGGGCCGAUCUUCAGUCAACUUUGAAAUAAGCAUACACGCGUGUGGCACGUCCGGCAACACCGAGAACGGCCUGUACGGAUACGGUGCCGAUUCCGGUUCCGGGACGUACUUCGAGAACAUCAUCGUCAUCCAAUACGAUCCACAGGUGCAAGAGGUCUGGGACCAGGCCAGGAAGCUCAGGUGCACGUGGCACGACCAAUACGAAAAGUCUGUCACGUUCAGGCCGUUCCCCGUGGACAUGCUGGAUGUGGUCAGGGCUGAUUUCGCCGGAGACAACGUUGGUUGCUGGAUGCAAAUACAGGUAAUAUUAUAAUAUUUAAUUAUGUUCGUAAUUUAUCGUAUGCGUCGAUUUUGAAUAGACAGGUAUACUGCUCGAACAGGUAAGUAUAUGGUUUAUGAACAGGACAUUUUUAAUACAAACACCGUUUAGAUACGCUCUACAAAAACGGAAUAUAAUUAAAAAAAUAACCAAUGAUGUAACAUUUUCAAUUUUUGGCGAAUAAAUCUUUUUCGAAAGCAUUUUUUUUUUUCGGAGCAGAUAUAAAUCCAAUUAUAUAAUUCAUUUGUCAGUCCAUAAUUGUAACUUUAUUCACUUUUCUCGCGGUGAAAAUGAAAUCAAUAUACAUACUUGAUCUCUGGUCUGCAAUGUUGAUUAAUGUAUUUAGUAUUGUUGUAUUCGUAAAAUAUUCUAUACUUAUUUUCAAAUUUUAAAUUCCAAUCUAUUAGUGUAUUUGUUUCCAUUCUGUUGAAGAAUAUUUUCGUUUUAUCAUUUUUUAGUUUUUGUGUAAUAAUUUGGAAGACACAUUAUUAAUUAAUCUAAAAUAUUCCCGUUGACACAAUAUUUUAAUAUCUCAUAAUGAAAAUUAGUUUUAUUCCGAUAGAUAUUUUAUAAGCAGUCUUGUUACCGAUUCGUUCAAAUUGUGUGUAGGUUGUAAUUUCGUUAUUACUAACCAUUUAAUAACCGCUUCGUAAUACGCGUGGGUAUUGAAAUUAGAUAACAUUUCUUAAUCCAUAACAAUAUUGUUUUAUAAAAUCAUUUACCCCCGGUUCAAUUAGUUACAAAUACGAAAAUCGGGUCGAGAUAAUUCGAUAAGCUCUCGGUCUCGAUUGUAUGACGUUAUUAUAAUAUUUCUCAUUCAGUUGGUUCACCGCAGUGAUCAUCAUCGGCAAUAAACGAUUGUAUAUACCACGACAUAGAAGGGAUUUAUUUUAUGUUGUUAUACUACAAUUCAGUUAUAAUACCUAAAUUAUAUUUUGUUUUUUUUUUUUCUUUUUUUUUUAUGAAAGGUCGGAAAGGGACCAUGGGCUUCCGAAGUUUCCGGGCUGGUAAAAAUCGGACAGACUAUGACCAUGGUGUUAGCUAUCAAGGACGACGACUCCAAGUUCGACAUGCUCGUACGAAACUGCAUGGCACACGAUGGUAAACGAGCACCCAUCCAAUUGGUGGACCAGAAGGGUUGCGUUACCCGCGGAAAACUCAUGUCGCGGUUCACGAAAAUCAAGAACUUCGGCGCCAGCGCUUCCGUACUGUCAUACGCCCAUUUCCAGGCGUUCAAGUUCCCUGACUCGAUGGAAGUGCACUUCCAGUGCACCAUACAGAUCUGCCGGUAUCAGUGCCCGGAUCAGUGUUCGGACUCGAGCGCUAUACUGAACGCUCAACACGGUAAUCUGCUGUCAGCUCACCAUCCGUCGGCUGUGGUGCACUCGGAGUACGGUCCACCGCCGCCGCCGCUGGACGUGUACGCCAGAAUCGGGUCGGCCCGACCCCGGGACGAGAGGCGCGUCAGGCAACGGCUCUACAAGAGAUCAACGCCCACCGACGAGGAGGAGGUAGGCGUCAACCGCAUCAUCAAAGUAGUGUCCACCGGCGACCUGACGUUCGCCCUGGACGACUCCGCGACCAACUCGACCAACACCAUGGUGUUCCCUAUCCGAACCGUCGAACCGUCUUCCAUGAUCUGCAUGACAACGGUUGGUUUCUCGGCCACGCUGUUCGUGCUACUAGGCAUCUUGCUUGUGUCCUGUCUGGUGUCCGCGUACCUGUGUCUGCGCAUACGGUCCAUGCCGCAACGCCGGAAAAACGCACAGGUGGCGUGCACCAAUCCCAAACUGCAGCCGACCGCCGCGGCUACCGUGCACAAGACCAAGAAAAUGCACCAGGUAUUCACGUGAUGAGCGUGCGAGCAAAGUGUAAAUAUAGGUAAAAAUAAAAAAACAAAAACCCGACAGUCAAUCAUAAGCGAAACGCCAUAAUAAACCAAAGCCCCAGAAUCAAUAACGCAGCAUUUAGGUACGCAUUUUUAUCAUUCUAUAUAGGUAUUAUAAUAUUAGAACCUUAUAGUCAGCAUAACUUAUUCGUGUGAACUUAGUUUAAAAACGAGUUUACUAAGUAUAUUAAUUACCUCUCCACCCCCCUCCACACGCAUCACUCCCUCUCUGAAAAACGGUUUCUUUGGUAUUUCGACUAUUUUUUUUUCAAUCCACUAUCCGUUAAAAUAAUAUCGUUAGCAGCGUGUCUCGUUCAUAAUAAAUGUAAAAUUAUACAUUUUUUUUUUCCGGCCGUAAUUCACACCCGGGGGAACGUAUAGCCUUACAAGCCGCCACGCCAUAAAGACGAACGCCGUAGUCGGCCCAACCAUUUCCUUUAUAAUAAUAAUAAUAAUACUAAUACUCGUUCAUUACUAUAUAACAUUUACACCACAUCGGUAAUUCGAGAAUUAUCGACGAAAAAAAAAAAACCUAUCACUCCGGUUAUUUUCUCCCCCGUUCCCGCAGUCUCCUGUGACGGCGGCGAAAUUAUAAUAAUUGUUUCAAUUUACUUUCACGUAUUGCCAACCGAAAACCGUACUAACAUACCCGACGAGUGCCAAAUCCGUCACCACAGCCUAUUUAUUUAUUUAUUUAUUUAUAAAUUUAUUUAGAAAACGAUAAAAUUAAGUAUAUAGGUGAUAAUAUAAUUUAUAAUAUUUAGUUAAAUUCUCGCGGCAUGGACGUAAUCGAUGCACAUCGGUGCCCGCGACCUCGAAUCCGAUAUUUUCGAAAAACCGUUGCUCGGCACUACUAUUAUAAUGCGAGUACUCGUGCCGAUUUUUAGCCAUACAAAUGUGGUGUAUAAUAUCGCGUUUCGUAGACAAUAUUCGUUUACCUACACAAUUUACGCCGUCAUCGUCGGCCUACACCGAAUAGGUAUAUAGUUGUAUACCCACCGCAUGUAACAUGUAAAAGCUCUUCAUUGCUUGUAAAUCCGUUUUUUGCGAUCGCUCUGAUCACAGUCGUGUGUUGGAUGUUUUCGCACCGUUUUCCGAUAUAGUAAACAAUAUUAUGAUGCGGUGUGACGACAUGCUGUGUAAUAAAUACGAACAGUUUAUUAUAUUAUAAUAUUCGAAAUACGUGUCAUCGGCUUUCUCGACAUUCUCGACUUAAACGAAUACGUCGUAUUUAUUUAGUGUUUUUCUUUUAAAAAAAAAGAGCCAUAUAAUAGUAAUGAUAAUCGUGUUAUUUAUUUGUAUACAUUUCUACAAAUAUAUUAUAAUUAUCAUAAUUUUAGCGUUUAAGUAUUAUAUAUUAUCGAUACAAUAUUAAGUUAGAUUAAUUAAUUAUAGUUGUCAUAAUACGUAUAAUAUAAUCGUACGCGUAGUAGGUACUGAUGUACUGAUGUCUAUAUAUUAUUAUAGUCACUAUUAUUCUGACGAAGCGUUACAACAACUUUUGUGCGUUUGCUGUUUACUACAAAUAUUCAAAAUCAAAAAAAAAAAAAAAAAAAACCUUCAAUACGUAUACUCUAUAAAAAUAUGAUCGGGUCGUAAUAUUUGCCAAUAAUAAUAUAAUAUGCCAAUAGAAAUAAAAUUAGCACAUGCACAUUAGUUGUUGACUGUCGACGUAUAUUUGUAUAAGUAUGAAUUAUAUAUAUAUAUAUAUAUACAUAUAUACACAUACACACACACACUUACACACACACACACACACACACACACACACACACUUACUUGUAUACUUACUUAAUUAUGUAUUUAUUUAUUUACUCUAUUUUACGAUGAAAAAAGUGUGAUUUUAUUGUCAAACGAACGUGUUUAUAUUAAUAAUAUUGUUUUCUACCCGUUUAUUAUAAUAUUAUUCUAUACGGCGGCGUAUUCACGUAUGUCGUAUUGUACGUCGCGCUCGGCUUAUAUAAUUAAGUAUAUAUUAUAAAUUAAUAAUUUAUUUAUUACAUACGAUAUAAGUAUUUAUUUUUAUUAUUAUUAUUAGUUUAAAACUUGAAACGGUUAUAUUUAUAUCAUAUUAUUAUAUUAUAAUAAUAUGAUAUGAUUAUAAUGAUAUUAAAUAAAUUUCGUUGGAACUGAA